AUGGGCAUGUUCAACAGAGUGCUCUCCUUUCUGCCUGGACGCCAACAAGGAGCCAAAUACGAUGCUUUAGGGGACGAGGAGUCGAGUCCCCGAGGCAGCAGCGUUGAACCAGGCCCUGGAAAUCACACCUCAGCCACGAAAGAAACACAACGCUUCCACGAGACCUUUCUAACGCGGAAACUGUCACUCGGCCCCAUUCCUCUAGCUGCAUUUUGUCUCUUGCUCCUAAGUCUGGGCUUCCUUGCCGGCGAGUUCCUCCAAGACAAUGGUCUUAUUGCCAAGAUACAGCAUGAGAAAGAGCACCGUGACAGCCACUGCGAGAACCCACAGAAGCGAGUUGAAUGGCGAAGUCUAAGUGCCGCAGACAAGGACGAGUACAUUCGUGCCGUACAAUGUUUGUCAGCCAGACCAUCCAAGACUCGAAGUCAUGGCAAUCUAUACGACGACUUUCCGUUUGUUCGCGCAUACCUUGGCCGUCAUACCACUGGUGCCGCAUCUUUUCUGCCUUGGAACCGAUACUUUCUUCAUGUUUAUCAACAAAUGCUGAGAAACGAGUGCGGAUAUAAUGGCAGCUUGAUGUAUUGGGACUGGACAGUCGACUGGGAGUCUAUGGCCUCAUCGGACGUCUUCUCCGCAACUGUCGGCUUUGGAGGCAACGGCAAUGCAUCGUCGAAACAGGGCGUCGAUGAAGCAUUCUGUGUCACAGAUGGCCCGUUUGCCAACCUCACCCUGACAUUCGCUUCCUCAUCAUUCGUCGACCCAAAGAUCCACUGUCUUUCGCGUCGCUUCCAUGACGGCCAAAUAGAAGGCAGAAUUGCAGGCGACCAGGCAAAGCCGGCCGUCAUUGAGCAAAUUUUGGGCCAAGAGGACUAUGACAGGUUUCUAGUCCAGUUGCAGUCCGGCCCCAGUCAAUCAAUAAGCGCGAGCAUUGGUGGAGAUUUUUCUCAGUAUUCCGGGCCCAAUGAUCCGCUCUAUAUCUUGCAUCUCAGGUACAGCAGUCCUUUGCCCUCCUCCUAG